CACCACCCAUUUGUUAAUAAGCCAUAAUGUAUAGUAGCAAGAAAACCAUCUCAUACUAAGCUAAAUUCCCACUACCAUCACAAAUCAGCAUGGCUCAGCAGAGUCCUGAUCAGCAGAUCAAGCCCUUGGCUCCAUUCAUAUCUUCAUCCCACUUCAACUCACAAGAAGAUCAAGACUACUCAUUCACACACAGAAAAAACAUUCGACUAAGAAAGUUUAUCCUGUGCUGCGGUUGUGCCACUGCAAUUGUUGUGGUUCUUGUGGUCAUAGUACUGGUCUUGGGCUUCACCGUUUACAAUGUCAAAGACCCCGAGGUGAGGAUGAACGGGGUUACCCUUAUCAAUGGAACUUUCGCCAACGGUGCUACUGACAACGUUACAAUUCUUGCCGAUAUAUCUGUGAAGAAUCCAAACGUUUUUACCUUCAAGUUUGGAAACGCCAGCACCGAUGUUUACUAUAAUGGGGAGGGAAUAGGUGAUGGUGAAUCUCCGUCGGGGAAAGCCAAGGCCAGAAGAACCAUAAGGGUCAACACCACCAUGGAGAUUAUGGCAAAGAAGCUUCUGGCGAAUCCAAAUUUCGAUACUGAUCUAAAGGAUCAGGCUUUGAAUAUCAGCAGCUAUACCAGGAUUGAUGGUAAGGUCAAGAUAUUUAACAUUUUUCCGAGGAAAGUUGUGGUUGAGAUGAAUUGCACAAUCACAUACAACAUCACCACUGGGUUGAUUACAAAUGGUGGCAAUUGUCUUGGAAACGUUAAUAUUUAGGUUGGUUUUAAUGUUAAUACUUUGUGAAAUUUGUUAGGAUGAUGAUAGCAGUUUUGCGUCAUGUAGUGGAAAAUAGCAAGUGUUUGUAGGUUGUUUUGCAUCAGAGAUGUUUCAUCUACCGCUGAAUUUUCCGCACUUUAAUUGUAUCUGAUCAUGGAUA